AUGGAAGUAGUCCAAAAGUUCAUUGAUUAUGAGUCCCUAGCCGACGUCGAAACCGCCGGCCAAGGCCUCGAAUGUCUGGUCUUCAAAGCCCAAUCUCCAACAUACAACAACGUCGUUCUCAAAAUCCCACGAGUCAAAGUCUAUCAGAACGCCAACGACUCCUCAGUCGAAGCAAAAAGCCUCAUCCAGCAAGAACUGCGCAUUUAUGAACUUCUACAAGAUGGACCAGUUCCUGUUCCCAAGGCUUACAAAUAUCUUGAACAAGAUGGUUAUCCGGCUAUGUUGUGUGAGUAUGUGGAUGAUGAUGGGACGAGUGUCUCGGAUGAGGAGAUGGGACGUGUGGCGGCACUGAUACACGCUACGAAGGGAGAUAAUUUGGGGAGGACGGUGGCGAUGGAGACGGGGGAUGUGUUUUCCACAAUGGAGCAAAGGAUGAAACGGCGCUUUGGUGUGUUGGCGAGGUCGGUUUCUGAAGCUUCAGGUUGGAUCCAUGACUGGAAUCAUAUUCACAAUAUCCUCGAAGGACUCAAGCGUUUUCCGUCAAGCCUCCUUCACAUGGACUUUCGCGACGUCAACCUUCGACAGAACAAAGGUCGAAUCAGCGCCGUCAUUGACUGGACAAACGCACUCAUCGGUCCAGCAGCCAUCGACAUAUAUCGCACACUAGAGUUUAGUCAGCUCGGAGAUGGCUUCAUCAAGGGCUACACUGAGAUGACAGAUCUUCCGCAAAUGACGGCGCGGGAAGAGUGUCUCCUUAGAUUGGACGCUGCGCUUGUGCUGGCGUUGGUCUUUAAGGUUGAAGCACCGGAUGCUGAGAGGGGGGACAUCGCUGUGGCGCGAGUAAAAGAGCUUUCGCAACGUCUUCAGGCUUAA